AUGGGGACAAAUAAUGAUACCUUAACUGCCAUACACAGAACAAUCUUCGUUUCAGCAAUCGUCAAUGAAACCUUGUCAGACCCAGCUAGAAAAUAUGUUAUGUAUGAUGUUCGCGUUGAUAUGCCACCAAAGAUAGUAUCUGAUGGCCUAUGGGGUAAUACAGCCUAUGCUGCAUUACCUUCAAGAGCGACAUUGCCACUAUUGGAGCUCCAAAUUAUCUCCAUUUUCACCAUCACUCAAUGCUUUCAUUGGGUACUUAAGCGCCUGGGGUUCCCCUAUUUCGUUUCACAAAUAAUGGCUGGCUUUGUUCUAGGCCCUUCUCUCAAGAUAGACGCAUUGAAACCACUCAAAGCCAUGUUGUUCCCUUACGGGAGUGAAGACGUAUUGAGCAUAGUAUCAAUAUUUGGCUACACAUUCUUCUUGUUUCUAAAUGGCGUGAAAAUGGAUUUCAGCAUGAUAACAAGAACUGGGAAGAAAGCUUGGACAAUAGCUCUUUCUUCACUAUUGAUUCCAACUUUUAUUGGUCUUACCGUGUGCUACAAAUUCCUGGAUUCUUUUAGAAGAACCCUUGGAGAGUUUGAUGGAACUAAACUACCCGUGGUAGUAAUAGGUCACAGUGGUUGUUCUUUCCCAGUGGUAGCUUCUCUUUUAUCUGAUCUUGAGAUCUUGAACUCAGAACUUGGACGCUUAGCACUCUCAGCAGCACUUGUGAUGGAUGUGUUCACUUCAUUUGUGACAGGUUUUGGCACUGCUAUUGUAAGUAGUCUUAGAACUGAUUCACACGAUCAUGAUCAAAACAAGGGUGCAAAACUUGCUGCUUUUAAUGCCACAAAAUAUGUUGGUUUUUUGGUAAUGGUUAUCACCAUUGCACGUCCUACAAUGAGGUGGAUUGUGAGAAGCACCCCUGAAGGUAGAAGCGUAAAGAAAUCACUCACCUAUUUGGUUGUUCUCAUGGCCCUUUUUUCAGGGUUGAUUGGAUUAAAUGCUAAGCAAACUGUGUUAGGUGGGGUGUUACUUGUUGGUCUUUUGGUGCCUGAAGGUCCUCCAUUGGGGACUGAGUUGAUUAAGCAACUUGAGUUGUUUACAACUUGGUUUCUUUUGCCACUCUUUGUGACUAGUUGUGCCAUGAAGGUGGAUAUUUCUGUACCCAUGGAUGUCAAGUUGAUUAUAACUGUGGCAGUCAUAAUUGUUGUUGUGCAUUUGCUUAAGCUGCUUAUAACCAUUGGAAUUUGCCGCUAUUGCCACAUGCCCAAAACCGACGGUUUGUGUCUUGCUCUCAUGUUGAGCUGCAAAGGUGUUGUGGAUUUUUGCACCGAAGUGUUCUUAUUUGAUUCAAUGUUACUGAGCAAUCAAACAGUAGCCAUGAUGACCAUAUCAGUGUUGACGUUGGGAAGCAUUGCACGCAUUGGUGUGAAAUCCUUAUACGACCCAGCAAGGAAAUACGCAGGAUAUCAGAAAAGAAACAUUCUAAACUUGAAACCCAACUCAGAGCUUCGAGUAGUUGCAUGUGUCCACAAACCAAGCCACACAGUUUCAAUCAAAAACGCCCUUGACAUUUGUUGUCCAACAACAAACAACCCUCUAGUGGUUCAUGUCUUGCAUCUCAUGGAACUUGUUGGUCGAUCCACUCCCGUUUUCAUCGCACAUCGUCUUCAAGAAAGGGUUGGUUCAGAUCAUCAUAACUUCUCAGAAGAUGUCAUUGUUACCUUUGAUCUCUUUGAACAUGACAAUGCUGGCACUGCAUCAGUUAACACCUACACAGCUAUAUCACCCUCACGCUUCAUGCAUGAUGAUAUUUGCUACCUAGCAUUGGACAAACUUGCUUCCAUCAUCAUUCUUCCAUUUCAUGUAAGAUGGGCAGAAGAUGGUUCCAUUGAAUCAACAGACGAAAACAUAAGAGCUUUGAACAAUAAGGUUCUUGAAAGAGCACCAUGCUCAGUGGGGAUUCUUGUGAAUAGAGGGUCUUCUAGUUACCAUGGUCCAACAAAGAACAUAGCCAUGAUUUUCUUGGGAGGUUCAGAUGAUAGAGAAGCAUUGUGCUUGGCUAAGAGAACAAUCAAAGAUUGUGGUUAUAACAUGGCUGUGUACCACUUGGUUGCAAGCAACAGUGGUUUCACAAAUUGGGAUGUUAUGCUUGAUGAUGAGGUGCUGAAGAGUGUUAAGGGCACUUACGGUAAUGUUGAGAAUGUAACAUAUGAAAAGAUUAUUAUUGAGGACCCUUCUCAGACCACUGAUUUUCUAACACAGAUAGCAAAUCUACAUGAUUUUAUUAUUGUUGGGAGAAGAAAUGGGAUCAAAUCGUCUCAGACAGCAGCACUUGAAAGUUGGACUGAGUUUUCUGAGUUAGGGGUGGUUGGAGAUUUGCUUGCUUCCCCAGAUACCACUACUAAAGCUUCCAUUUUAGUGGUGCAGCAACAACAAACGCCCAAGUCAUGA